AUGUUGGUCUCAAUUGUCCUUCUAAUCUUAUGGAUUUCUACUGUGGGGGGACAAGGUAAACAUUGUGAUUUUCCAAAAAUAAACCAUGGAAUUUUAUAUGACGAAAAGAAAUACAAGCCAUUUUUCCCACUUCCUAUUGGGAAUUUUUUCUAUUAUUCCUGUGAAUAUAAUUUUAUGUCUCCUUCAAAAUCCUUUUGGACUCGAAUAACAUGCACAGAGAGAGGAUGGUCACCGACACCAAAGUGUCUCAGACUGUGUUUCUUUCCUUUCGUGGAAAACGGUCGUUCUACAUCUUCAGGACAAACACACCUGGAAGGCGACACUGUUCAAAUUGCCUGUGAUAAAGGCUACAGCCUCCCAAAUAAUCAGAGCAUCAUUGCAUGUACAGAAGGUGGCUGGUCCUCCCCUCCUGAAUGCAUAUCCACCAAAAUAGAAUGUCAUCUUCCAUUUUUGGAAGCAAAUGUAGAUGCUCAUCCAAAACAAGAAAAAUACAAAGUUGGAGACGUGUUGAAAUUCUCCUGCAAACAAAGACUUAGAAGAGUUGGGCCGGAUUCAGUUCAAUGUUACCAAUUUGGAUGGUCACCUAAUUUUCCAACAUGCAAAGGGCAAGUACAGUCAUGUGGUCAACCUCCUCAACUCCCCAAUGGGAAAAUCAAGGACAUAAAACAAGAAAAGUAUGAACACGGUGAAAUGGUGGAAUAUGAUUGCAAUCCUAAUUUUCUAAUGAAGGGACCUAAGAAAAUACAAUGUAUGGAUGGAGAAUGGACAACUUUGCCCACCUGUGUUGAACCAGGGAAAACAUGUGGAUUUAUACCUGAACUUGAGAAUGGCUUUGGCCAGCCCUCUGUCCCUCCCUAUCGACAUGGAGUUUCAGUGGUGUUGAAUUGCAGAAAUACAUAUACAGUGAUUGGAAAUAAUACAAUUACGUGUAUUGAUGGAAUGUGGACUGAGCUUCCUAAGUGUGUUGCAACAAACCAACUUAAGAGGUGUGAAAAACCAAGGCUUUAUGCAAGAGGACUGUUAAAUUCAUAUAUACAUGAAUUUAAUCAUAAUGCCAAAAUAAAUUACAAAUGUACUGGGAAGGAUACAUACAUACAAACAGUCUGCAUCAACGGGAAAUGGGACCCUGAACCAGACUGCAUAGGAAAAAAGAAACAACUCUGUCCACCUCCACCUCAGGUACCUAAUGCUCAUAAUAUGCUAACCACAGUGAAUUAUCAGGAAGGAGAGAAGGUAGCUGUUCUCUGUAAAGAAAACUAUGUACUUCGUGAAGCAAAAGAACUUGUGUGUAAAAGUGGACUAUGGCAGUCAUUACCACACUGUACUGAGUCCACACAAUACUGUGGGCCCCCUCCACCUAUUAACGAUGGAGACAUCACCUCCUUCUCCUUAUCAGUAUACCCUCCAGGAUCGACAGUUGAGUACCGUUGCCAGUCUUUCUAUGAGCUUCGGGGGUCCCCGAAUGUGACGUGCAGAAACGGACAGUGGUCAGAACCACCCAUAUGCAUAGAUGCAUGUGUCAUAUCUGAAGAUAACAUGAACAAAAAUAACAUACAGUUAAAAUGGAGAAAAACCCAAAAAAUAUAUGCAAGGACAGGCGAUAUCGUUGAAUUUGAAUGUAAACGGCCACAUAAAGCGAGAACAUCUAUACAAUCAUUUCGAGCCGUCUGUCAGGAAGGGAAAUUUCAAUAUCCUACGUGUGAAUGA